UUUUUUUCGCUGAAUGAGGAAAACGUCUAAUACGUAAGUAUAUCUCAAGUCACGCAUAACAGAUGAAGCUGAGAGUUAGCACCAGCCAAAGACGGUGAUGGAGCCGUCGAGGACGCGCAGCAUCGGCAGCAACUCCGUCUUGGCGUCAUUGGCGAUUCUCCUCGCCUCGAUUAAUUCGAAUCGGGAAAACGUGUUCUGCGCGGCCGCUACGACCGGUCAUCUCAUCUUCGAGGAGAACUUUGACGCGUUCGAGCCGAGCAGAUGGAGCAGGGAGAUUAAAAUACCGCUCGAUCCGGAUUUCGAAUUCUGCACGUUUCACAAGCAUUGGGAAACGGUUGACUUUAGAAACGGGAUUUUUCGCAUCAAGCCGAGCUUGUUCGAAGACGAUUACGGAGAGGAUGCCGUUUUCAUCGGCCAAAUGCGACUGGCAGACUGUAGCAGUACGAUUCAACAAGAGUGUCAGCAACACGCGGCUUCGUACCACAUACUUCCCCCGAUCGUAUCCGCUAAAAUUGUAACGAAAAAUCACUUUGAAUUCCGAUACGGUGUCAUUGAAGUUCGGGCCAAGUUUCCCGAGGGAGAUUGGCUGUAUCCAGAAAUAUGGCUAGAACCACUGUACAAGAGCUACGACAAGCAAUACGCCAACGCUCGCAUCAAUUUGGGCCUCGCUCGGGGUAACGCCGUACUGACCCGGACCGGCAACAUAACCGAGGACUACGGCGCUCGGCUGCUGGAGUUUGGCGUGGGUUACGGCAACGGUGCCAAUUUUCAGGAAUCACUGGUCAAAAAAAUCAGCCCAAAGAACCAACCCUGGAACAAGGCAUGGCACGUCUACAAGACUAUCUGGACGUCACGUGGAUUCGUGUUUUACGUCGACGAGGAGGAAGUCGGCAGACUCACGCCCACCACCAGCGGAUGGUCCAGCAACGUGGACGCCGUUCCGGACAAAAUGAUGCCAUUCGAUGAGAAGUUUUACGUGACGAUUGGACUCGGAGUGGGUGGCAUUCGGGCUUUCCCGGACAACACGCAGACCGACUCUUACCUCAAGCCUUGGAAAAACGUGAACGCUAAAGCGAUGUUGUACUUCUGGGAAGCGAAGAACAAGUGGCUGCCAUCGUGGCAGCGCUAUGGAGGAUCCAAGGCAGCUUUGGAGGUAGAUUACGUGCGGAUUUGGUCGUUGGAUUGAAUCAGAGAGCAUUUAUUUAUUUAUUUAUUUAUUUAUUUUUUCUCUCGAUACGUGAACGUUUUUCAAUGCAUAAAUGAGAGACAAAUAAACUAAACUAAUUACCAUGUA